UACUUCUAUUGCACAGGCUGACUAUAAGAUGGAGCAUUUGGUUUAUCGACUAAAUAGAGAAGCAGCAGAACUUGCUAGAAAAGCAUGCAAUGAUAUAUUUAAUAAAACAGGUAUACCUCGGUAUGUUGCUGGAUCAAUGGGUCCUACAAACAAGACUCUAUCCAUUUCUCCUUCAGUAGAAUAUCCAGAAUAUAGGAAUAUUAAUUUUGAUGAAUUAGUUGAAGCUUAUUUGGAACAAGCUCGUGGUCUUCUUGAUGGCGGUUGUGAUAUUUUAUUAAUUGAAACAAUUUUUGACACGGCAAAUGCAAAGGCUGCAAUCUUUGCUGUUGAAACUUUAUUUGAAAAAAAUUAUCAGAGAGUUCCUGUUUUUAUAUCGGGCACGAUUGUUGAUAAAAGUGGAAGAACAUUAUCCGGACAGACUUGCGAAGCCUUUGUAAUAAGUGUAUCGCAUGUAAAACCUAUGUGUCUUGGAUUAAAUUGUGCCUUGGGUGCGGUCGAAAUGCGUCCCUUUAUUGAAACAAUCGGCAAGAACACCACUUCGUUUGUUAUAUGUUAUCCAAAUGCAGGUUUACCAAAUGCAUUUGGUGAAUAUGACCAAACUCCAGAGCAGAUGGCAGAAUGUCUACAAGCAUUUGCACAUGAUGGUCUUAUAAAUAUAGUUGGCGGUUGUUGUGGAACCAGGCCGAAACACAUAGAAGCCAUUUCUGAAGCCGUUAAACAUUACAAACCUCGAAGGUGUUUAGAAAACAUUUAUUCGGACCAUCUUUUAUUAUCUGGUUUAGAACCGGCAAGGAUUGGUCCUCAGACAUUAUUCAUAAAUAUUGGAGAGAGAUGUAAUGUUGCCGGAAGCAAGAGAUUUGCCCGACUUAUACGUAAUAACCAGUUUCGGGAUGCACUUGAAAUUGCCAAGCAACAAGUGGAAAUGGGGGCACAGAUUUUAGAUAUUAACAUGGAUGACGGAAUGAUUGAUGGGUUGUACGCUAUGAAAAUGUUUUUGAAUCUGAUUGCGACGGAACCUGACAUUGCAAGAGUUCCACUUUGCAUAGAUUCAUCCAAUUUUAAUAUCAUAGAAAUGGGCCUGAAAUGUACACAAGGCAAAUGUAUAAUAAAUUCUAUAAGUUUAAAAGAAGGAGAGGAAGACUUUUUAUCAAAGGCACGAUGUAUUUCUAAAUAUGGAGGUGCCAUUGUUGUUAUGGCUUUUGAUGAAGUUGGACAAGCAACCAGUGAGAAAGAUAAAGUAGAAAUCUGCACCAGAGCCUACAACAUACUUACCAAAAAGGCAAACUUUAAUCCUUUCGACAUAAUUUUUGAUCCAAACAUAUUAACUAUAGCAACUGGUAUAGAAGAACAUAGUAUGUACGGAAUUAAUUUUAUAAAUGCAACAAGAAAAAUUAAGAAAAAUUUACCCGGCAUAAGGAUAAGCGGCGGCAUCUCUAAUCUUUCCUUUUCAUUUCGUGGUAUGGAUCAAAUUAGAGAAGCGAUGCACAGCAUAUUUUUAUAUCAUGCAAUAAGAAAUGGAAUGGAUAUGGGUAUUGUAAAUGCGGGUUGUCUUCCUUUGUACGACGACAUCGAACCUAACUUGCUUCGUUUGUGUGAAGAUCUGUUGUGGAAUAAAGAUAGCCAAGCAACAGAUAAACUUCUACAAUAUGCUCAGAAAAUAGGAAAAGACAAUAAAACAGUAGUUCAAGAAAAAGAUUGGAGAUUUUAUAACUUAGAAGAGAGAUUAGAAUAUGCACUUAUCAAGGGUAUAGAUUUGUAUAUAGAACAGGACGUAGAAGAAGCGCGGCAACGAACAGAUCUGUAUCAGUCGUCAUUGUCCAUAAUUGAAGGGCCAUUAAUGAAGGGUAUGAAUAUUGUUGGAGAUUUGUUUGGUUCUGGAAAAAUGUUCCUUCCUCAAGUAAUUAAAUCUGCUAGAGUAAUGAAGAAAGCUGUGGCUUAUCUGAUUCCAUUUAUGGAAAAAGAGAAAGAAGGACAACUGUCAAAUUUAGAUAAAAUUAAAAGUCGCUACGUUGGCACCGUUGUAUUGGCAACCGUCAAGGGAGAUGUACACGACAUUGGAAAGAAUAUAGUUGCCAUAGUAUUAGGUUGCAACAAUUUCAGAGUAAUUGAUCUUGGAGUUAUGACACCUUGUAAAAACAUUAUAGAAACUGCCUUAAGCGAGAAUGCUGAUAUAAUAGGUUUGUCGGGACUUAUUACUCCAUCAUUAGAAGAAAUGAUAUUCGUUGCUAAGGAAUUAGAGCGAUUAGAAAUAAAAUUACCACUCUUGAUUGGUGGCGCAACCACGUCAAAGACUCACACUGCCGUAAAGAUUGCACCGAGAUAUUCCCAGCCGACUAUUCAUGUUGUAGAUGCUUCCAAAAGUGUUAUUGUUUGUUCUUCUCUAAUGGAUAGAAAUAAUCAACAGGAUUUUAUCGAAAUGAUUCACGAAGAAUAUGAAGACAUACGAGAGAACUACUACCAGAAUUUAAAGCAUAAAAAUUACAUAUCAUUAGAAAAGGCUAGAGAUAAGAAGUUAGAUAUUGAUUGGAUCAGAAGACCGAAACCAGUUAGACCCACUUUUCUCGGUACAAAAGUAUUCGACGACGUAGAUUUAAAUUUUCUAGUUCCGUACAUUGAUUGGAAACCAUUUUUCGACGUGUGGCAGCUGCGUGGUAGAUACCCAAACAGAAGUUUUCCUAAGAUCUUUAAAGAUAAAACAGUUGGAACUGAGGCAAAGAAAUUAUACUGCAAUGCCAAAAAUACCUUAGAAAUGAUAAUCAAAGACAGAUUGCUAAAAGCCAAAGGAAUUGUGGCAUUUUAUGCAGCAAACAGCAAGGGAGACGACGUAAUUUUGUAUUCGGGUGAUAAUUUAUUGAAAAGUACUCCACUAGCCAUACUUCACGGAUUGAGACAGCAACUAGAAAAAGAUUCUGCAGCAACAGAAGAUCCUUAUCUGUGUUUGUCAGAUUUUGUUGCUCCAGAAGACAGCGGAAUAAACGAUUACAUUGGAAUGUUUGCAGUGUCUGCAGGAUUUGGAUGUAAAGAAAUGUGCAAUAGAUUGGAAGAAAAUUUGGACGAUUACGGUGUCAUAAUGGUUAAGGCCUUGGCCGAUAGAUUAGCCGAAGCAUUUGCCGAGAUGCUACACGAAAAAGUAAGGAAAGAAUUAUGGGGUUACUCUUCAGAUGAGUCCCUGGAUUCAUUUGCUUUGCACAAGAUUAAAUAUCAGGGCAUCAGGCCUGCUCCUGGAUAUCCAACCCAACCAGACCACACCGAAAAAAUUACUAUGUGGAAACUAAUGAAAGUGGAAGAAGCGACCGGAAUCAGACUGACUGAAAGUUUGGCCAUGGAUCCAGCCGCUUCGGUCUGCGGUCUGUAUUUCUCCCAUCCCGAGGCGGUCUACUUUUCUACGGGAAAAAUAGCAAGGGAUCAGGUGGAAGAUUACGCAAAGAGAAAGGGUUUCCCGGUCGAUAAAGUAGAAAAGUGGCUUGCACCUAUUUUAGGUUAUGACCGAGAAGAACUGGCAUGAUAAUUCGUAAAUUUAGGAAAUUUUUAUAUUUAUUGUAUAAAUAUUUUCAUAUUAAAACAGAGAGAUAUUUAAGUUUUCAAAUACA